UUGCCUGUAAAAAUAGUGUAUAAUUCAUAAUUUCUCAGUCGACCACCAUGGCAACUUUACGUGUGUUGUUGUGUAUCGGAGUUUUAUGUUUCGGAUCAGAUGUAGUUCUUUCUAAUUCUGAGGAGGAACUUGGAGAAAGCUAUCAAUCGACUGAAUUGCUUUUAUGUGAAUUUUGUGAUCAGUUCUGUGAUGAAAAUCAUGAUCCAAUCACUCAUGUACCAUUCACGAUGCCCACAUUGCCUGAUGCCGUAGACCCUGAAAUUUAUCCCCAAAAAUCGACCACACCCACACCGCAAUGUUACCAGGAAAUUACACAAGGCGAUACAAAUCAAACCAUUACAUGGCCUGAUACGAAUGAGGGAGACUAUGCGGUAUCUGAACCAAUAUGCUUGGAUGACUCUCUGAGCAUAGUAAAACGGCAUUGCAGUGAUAACUGGGAUGAUGUUCAGCCAUGUUCAAGUGUUCAACAACCCAUCGAUCCUUGCCCUUCCGAUCUCAAAUCCAUUGGCGACCGUUAUUGUUACACUAUAUUAGAUAAAACAACAUUUCCUCCAAAAUGUCCUUAUCCAACAUCAAUGGACUGGGAUGAAUAUGCCAAUUUGAAUAUAUUUCCAAAAAGACCGGUAUGGAUGCCAGUGCAGAGAAUCGAUACCAAUAUUUAUGGAAUUGAUCUUUACCGUCACAACAAUCCCGAUUUCAAGUACAACGUACCAUUUCAAAUUUGUACGAAGAGUUGCCGCACCUUCUUCUAUAAUGGCACAUUUCUUGAUAAAAAAUGCCAAGUAUAUCACAACAACACUCACGUAGAAGCAGUUGAUUGUGAUGCUGAAUAUCCCGCUAUCUGUAUUUAUGAUGCGUUAGCAUAUAAAGCCAGUAGCUAUUGUGGACAGGUAUAUUUUGAUUCAACUUUCAUUACGACCUGUAAACAAGGAGGAUAUUCAAGCGAGUCUUUAUGUUUAUGUGAAACCACAGAUAUGACAGUGAGCAAGUCAGUCUUAGCAGAGUUCCUGCAGCCUCACCAAAAUCUUCUGUUCGUCAACCAUACCUGUCGAAUAGGUCUUCGCAAUACCAAAAAUCAAACCGCCCUUAGCCCUUUUAUGUGGACAACAUCAAACUCAAUUAUUAAUUACACUAACUGGGCACCUAAGGUUGAUUUUAGUUUAGAAGUUGGUGUUAUGACUAGUGAAGGAUGGGCGUUUGCAGAUGAGAGUCCAGAAUGUACUAUCUACCAAAUACCCGCUACUGUAAAACCAGGAGAGUUAAAUUUAUUUAUUGAAAAUGCAUCAUUUGUUCUGAACAUUACGAGCUACAAGAGCUUCUUGUCGAAUAACAACAAAGAUCCGAUUGUGUACUGUUUCACCGAUGCUGAUGUAAAAAGUAUUUAUUACCGCCUAGCAGAAUUCUCUGAAGCUGGUCCAGUCGAUGGAGAUAAUUACACAAUCAAAUUCUCUCCAAUUGAUGUUGAUCAGUCUGGGCCCGGAUAUUACUGGUGUCAAGCUUUUAUGCACCCAAAUCUAUCAGUAGUGACGUCAAACAGGAAAAAAAUCGAUAAUUUCACUGGAGAGUACGUGGCACUUUUCAGGCUAAACAAUUACGAAGAGAAACUGUCUUCGUUUCCUUUGAAACCAGACAAUUUAGAAACUCUUCAAAAUCUUUUCGAAAACGAAAUUUCCACCCACAUUUCAUUUUAUCCCAGAAUUUUUAAAAUUAACGGUAUUGAUGAGCAGAAAAAAGAAAUGAAUAUCACCUUCCAUCUUACCUCCACAGAAGCGCGCAACACUAAAGAUGAAUUCAACAUGUUAGAACGCAUUUCGGUGGAACAGACCAUAUUUGAGUUUCUAGAUUUUCGAACUGUUCACUACUGUCCACGUGUUAAAACACAGCAUACCGGGCAAACAAUUAUUUGGCCUCAAACGAUAUUUGAGGAAAGCACAUCACCCCUAAACGGGCAUUGCGUAACAGAAAACGUUACUUUUGUUCAAAGAACAUGCACAGGGAAUUUCAUUGAUGGUGCGCAUUGGUCAGAUAUUGAAGAUGAAUGCCAUUUUUAUUCGGAAUCAUUAGUAACUGACGACUUAAUCAGAUUGGCCGCUCAAAUUAAUCAAGAGGGAGAUGAGCAGGUGGCUAGUGCUGCUUUAGCUGAACUGUACGAGAUAUCACAGAGAUAUGAUGAGUUUAACACUUUGGAUUUUGUUCUCACUGCGAUUAUUAUGAAGAAUAUCGCUGGGAAUAAUCCAGAUUUGAAUAAUGUAUCAGGGAUUGUAAGUAAUCUAAUGCGAAUAGCACGAGCUGUUCUCCUGAGUGCACAACUGAACUUCCGAUCUACGGACAUUUUAUUAGAAGCUAUCGAUACAGCUUUAGAACGUGGUAAUGCUGGAGAAUGGAAGAAAGAAAAUUUUGCAGCAAAAGUAAUUGAAAUUGAGAAUGAAGAAGCUUUUGGACUACGUCUGCAAAACUGUAGCAGCAACUGCGACUGUGACCUCGUAACUCUUACUGACUCAUCAAUCCUUUAUAAUGCAAGUUUAAUUUUGGCUGAAACGGUUGAUGCUGCUAUCUGCCUCUCAAGCGAGCUCUAUGAGCAAAUAGUCGAAUACAGUAAAUCAAACAGCAGUUAUACUCCGAAACUUGUUAUUUCUGUAUAUUACGGAUCUCAACUUUUCGUGGAAUUGCAAAAUAUAACAUCCUCAGAUUUGGUUUUUGGAGUGAUGUUGCCUGAAUUUCCCGAAUCGUUUAAAGGACCUGUUUCGAUAUACUAUUUUGCGAACAGCAAAGAUCAUUUGUCAGAUUACAACUGCUCUUAUUGGAAAUUUAAUAGCAAUGCUUCAGGAUCAUGGUCCAUCGAGGAUACCCAAGAAAUUAGUGACGCUGUUGUUUGUGAGUUUUAUCAUCUUACAAACUUUGGGUUUACAUCCAACAUAGACAUAACUACCAAUUUACCGAUGUGUUUGCCGGAACAUAAACAGCUUGAUAGAUGUUUUCCCGAAGACCAGUUCAGCAGCAAUAACAUCUGCAGAUUAAUUGACUUCGAUCUUGCCCUAAACCAAUUCUGCCUUUUGGAAAACCUGACUCUAAUUCCUACCGAAUGUUUCGACAGUUUUAAUGAAACAGCAAAUUUAGCUGAAAUCCUACCAAAUUGUACCAAGUAUGAGUUAACAAAAGCAUUGGAAAAUCUCUUAGAACUGUUGGAGAAUUUCAAUACUGGCUCUUAUGAACCUAUUUUGGAGUUGCUUCUCACAGUAACAGAUAGUUACAGCACUCUUAGUGACGUUGAAUUACUGUUUGUGGUUUCUUUCAUAAAAGCAAUGAAUGAUAGUACGGUGGACGUCGAAUUAUUAACAGGUAUUGUGAACAACAUUAUGCAUGUCCCGAAAGAAGUUCUUUAUAGAGCCCAGAAAAGUUUCAAAAUUGUAGACGUAUUACUAAAUAAAACAGAAGAAAUUAUAACGGCUGGAGAUUGCGGAGAAUGGAUAACCGACAAGUUCGUGAUCAAAUGUUUAAACAUUGAUGAGUUACACAACAUUGGCCUAAUGCUCAAAAACUGUUCACAAGGCAACGAAGACAUAUUUGAUUGUGAUUUGCAAGUCGUUAAUAGCACUGACAAUUAUAAUGAUUUGUCUUCUAAUACCAAUGGAAUUUAUGCAGUGGUUGUUUUAUCUGAAACAUUACAUAAACAACUUCUUCGCUAUCAACUGGAAUUUGAAUCAACUUACAAACCAAGAUUGAUCAUUUGUAUAUAUUAUGGUGCGGAAUUAUUUGCAGAUUUGUCGUUGUCUCUGCCAAUACCCACUCUAGUUUUUGGAGUUCUCCUCCCUGAUUUUAAUGAAGAAUUUGAAGGCCCGCUGCAAAUAUUCUAUUCAAAUGGUACAAGCUUGGCUGAAUAUAACUGUUCUUAUUGGAGAUUCAAUGAAAGUGAUCACGGAACGUGGGCUACGGAGUCUAGAGUGAUUGGCAAUGGAACUGCAAUUUGUGAGUUUUUCCAUCUCACAAUAUUUGCAAUGCCCAGUCAAUCAAUAAGACUAACAGAAUUAGUACCAAAAUUUGAGUCAUCAGAAAAUUUGAUAAAUGCUGCUAGUAUGUUGGUUGGAUCUGCUGCCAGCAGUAAUAAUCUUGGAAAUAUAACGCCGGAAGAAUAUGUAUCACUCGAGUUCAAUUAUGCCAAUAUAUUUCUUUCCAGCGACAUUAGCAAAGUAUUUCAAAUCCACAAUAGCAAAGAAUUUGAAUAUUUUCGCACCUCCCGAAUAGCAACUAAAACCAACAAAUUAGCAGUGGUCAAUUUAAAUUCAAAACUAUUAGGUGAUAUAGUCGACUAUCAAAUUUCUCGAUUUAGCCAGCCAUCGCUAGCUAGCCCGAAAUUUGCUGCGGAUGUUUUGCUUGAAAUUGAUGAAGUGAUAAAACUUCACCAUCAAUCCACUCAAAUCAAUAGAGAAAACGUAUCCUUGAUGAUAGUUUCGCAAAACGAUUUCAUAAAUUUUAGAGGAUUUUUUAUCACCACUGAUCGGCAGAUUAAUUGCAUACAUAAAGAAAGUCAUCAUUACAGCAACUUUGAUGAGGAUGUUGAAGUAAUAGUAACCCUCAAUAAGGAGGUACGACGUCAAGUUGAGGCAGCAAGUUCCAGAGUAGUUUUUGUGAUUUACUACACUGAUAUACUUUUUGCAGACACCAAAAAGAUACCAAAACUUCCAAUUAUUGAGGUACUGAUUCCCGGCUUACCUACCAACAAAUUACAAGGUGAUUUAUCCAUAACGUAUAUGAAAAAUGCAUUUCGGGGCAGUUGCACUUACUGGGCGUAUACAAAUAAUCAAACAGGAUACUGGGAAAUGGAAUCUGAUUCCGAAUUUGAUGGAAAGAGAGCUACAUGUAAUUUUUCCCACAUUACGCACUUUGCUUUAGUGGAAAGUUCACAAAAUAUUACUACUGAUUUAGAACAAAUAUUUGCGUCGAAUUUAACGGGUUUAGAAAAACUUAAGCAAGUUUACAGCAUCACAACGACAAACCAUCACAAUCUGGUCCCAGUUGAUAUUUUCAUCAUAUCACAAAUCAUCAACAAUUCUUUAGUCGAAGGGCCGAUCACAACAAUAAUUACAAAGAUAGUUAGUAACUUAUUUAAGGUUCCAAGAAGCGUUUUAAGGGAAUCGCAGAUACUCCAUUCGGCAACAGAUAUUCUGCUCUAUGCAAUAGAUAAAAUGUCCUGUAUGGUUAAUAAUGUUGAAAUUCACCAACAGAACUUUUCGGUUAUAGUUCAAAAUCUGUAUGACAGAAAUUUUACCGGAAUUUUGUUGUACGGUUGUGCACUCUAUACAUGUAGUCUCGACUAUUUGUAUGAUUUUCCUAAUAUUAGCCAAUUCGCUACGAAUGAUUCAAUAGCAGCAUUGAUCAUUUUUAGCGAUAGCUUGCGGGAGCAAAUUAGAAGCUACAGUUCUUACCCAAAAAUAGCAAUUUCCAUAUUCCACAGCGAUGCAUUUUUUAAUGAAGAAAAUAAUCAGGCAAACACAACGAAGAUAUUCGGAGUCACAUUCCCGGGACUAACAGAUGACUUAAAUGGUACAAUUUCUGUAAUCAACAACAUUGGUACCACUUCAACAAGUGGAAGUAAUCAAUGCGCUUACUGGUACUACGAUGCAAAACUUGAUGGUAACACGGAAAAUAUAACGCUUGGAAAAUGGAUAACCGAUGUCAAUGAAGAGCGCAAAAAUAAAUUGUCCAUUUGUAAUUAUACGCAUAUAACCCACUUUGGCAUGCUGCUGGCCAAUGAUGACGAUUUUAUCGAUGAUCCAAUUUUAGAAUUUAUAACAGAUAUUGGAUGUAUAGCGUCUCUAUUUGGAAUAAUGGCAAUUCUCUUAACAGGAGUGUUGUUUAAAAGGUGGCGUCAGAAUACUGGCAAUAAAAUCCUUAUAAACUUUUCCGUCGCAAUAUCGCUUAAGAUUGUUACUUUGUAUAUCAGCGAAUAUGUGAAAAGCACUUCGAAUGGAAUUUACUGCACAAUAACAGGCUGUCUGUUGCACUAUGCCAUUCUCUCUGAGUGUGCUUGGAUGCUGACUGUAGCCAUUCUACAAUUUAAGAGAUUUGUGGAAGUACUCGGAGGACCUCCAAAGUAUGUGUUAGUAAAAGCAUUAAUCUGUGGAUGGGUGUUUCCUAUUAUACCGGUUAUUUGCGUUAUUCUCAUUGACAACAAUAAUUACGAGCAGGGAUUAGCAGGCUUGUGUUACCCUUCCAACCUAGGCUUGUAUUUAGGAGUUUGGCUACCUGUAUUACUCGUAUUGCUAAUCAACUGUAUUAUUUUCCUUUUCAUAAUUUACAAUGUAUUUCAUAGGAAAACUGAAUACAUUGAAACGUCCAGUGAUGAAGUACUGUUUCAAUGGCGUCUUGCUCUAUCUUUGUUCUUUAUGUUGGGGAUGAAUUGGACAUUUGGAUUCCUGGGCCAAAUUAACGGUGAUAUCGCUUUCAUAUACCUUUUCUGUAUAACAGCAACAUUGCAAGGGCUUCUGUUGUUCCUAAUUUUUAUAGUUUUUAAUAAGAGUACCAGAAUGUUGUAUUCGCAAUCCAUUAAGCAAUGGUUUUAUGCGAGAGGUAUAUUUAAAGUUUACCAGCAAAAGGCUCGAGAACAUCACAAAUAGGCUAACUUUAAUGAAAUAUUGUAUAUUUUUGUAAUCAUUUAU